AUGGCAAAAAGAGAAAGCACAGGAGAUUCUCUAAACACAACUGAUUUAAUCCCAAAAGCAGACGUCGAACAGCACCUCCAGGAUACCAAUGGUCGUCAGUUCAUUGAAAGUGUUGCUCCCGCGAUGAGACUAAGCAACUCAAGAAGAAGUCCUAUUCAACACAACAACAAACAUAUCGUUCUGAUAAGCAGCAAUCACAAUCACAAUGCAACGCGAAGUCAUCCUCGAAAACGACAAUCACUGUUGUUAUUCAAGGCAGCAAUACUGCUGUUUUGCUUACACUCAGUCUCCAGUAACUUUGAUUCAGUAUGGUCGCCCUUAAUUACGGGUAUGAUGAAACGCAAACUUUCUCUCCAAGCAGCAACAAAAGCAGCAACAAAAACAAAACUAGAAAGCAUCAGCUUUAUAAAGCCACGUGUCAUCAAACUGGAUGCAUCGAUCGAAAAUGUACAGAGUCUUGUCGAUGAUGAUGAUGAAGAACACAAUGACAAAGAGUCCUCGUCAGAACAUGAACGACGUGCAAUCAAAGUCUCGGAAAGAGCCCGAAUCGCCAAAAAGAGCCUUGAAAAUAGUUAUCAAUACAAAAAGUGGCAAAGGGAUCCAAAUGAUGAGGGAUGUGAGCCCUUGAGGGAAUGGCAAGAAACAUCCUACCUUUCCUGCAAUAAGAUUCAUGAGGUAGAUUUCGUCACUCAGGCGUCUUAUCUGGCCAGGGGAGGACUCAACGCAGUGCUCAAGAUGACUGAUAUCGAUGGUUCCACACAUAUUGUCAAGAUUCUGAGGUACAAGCGAGACUACACGGACCGCAAUUUUGACCGUGUACGCCGGGAUUCUCUCGUCAUGGAACGUGCCACAAGUUCAAAGUACGUCAUUGACAUGUACAGCUUUUGUGGGUUCUCACAAAUCAUCGAGUUUGGAAAAGAUGGGGGUCUUGAUUAUUGGAUGGAAGAUGGAUAUGAUGAUUUGUCACAAAUUGAAAAGCUGCAAAUAGCUACUCAGAUAUCUCAGUCCUUGACUGAUGUCCACAAUCUCGAUGGCGACGGCAUUUCCAGCAUGACUCAUGGAGACAUUGCGGCAAAGCAAUAUAUUUUGAUUGACGGGAUAUUCAAGUUGAACGAUUUUAAUAGAGGACGUCUCAUUCAUUGGAAUAGCAAGCUACAAGAACCGUGUCCGUACACGAUACGGAACAAUGACGGAAAGUUUCGAUCGCCAGAAGAAUAUAAGUAUCUCCCACAAACAGCCGCAAUUGACGUGUAUACGCUCGGAAGUAUAUUUGUGGAGAUGAUCACCGGCAAAGAGGCAUGGUAUGGGUAUGAGAUAGAAGUUGCCCAACAGGCUAUCAGCGACGGUAUGUUGCCACCACUAGAAGGAAAGAUAAACAAUCCAUCCGACCCAAUCACCCAAGUGCUGAUGAAAGCUAUUGAAAUGUGUUAUGUCUACGAACCCACAGAUAGGCCACAGGCUAGCAAUGUCACAGACUUCCUGAAGGGUGAAGCAACACGACUUGGUGUGCAGUGGGACAAACUCUUUGAAGGGGUGCGGAGAAACGCUUUGACGACUGCGGAGUAA